AUGGCGACGGCGCUACAGAAACAGCUCGCAUCCAUUGCGGCUUCGAGCACCCAUCAGCUCGACCUGCGCGCGCAAAAGUCGGCGCACGGCAAGUCGCUGCUGUUUGAUUCCAAGAUCGCCGCAUCGCAGUCCUUCGAAACCGUCUACCUCAUCUGCUACGAUGGCUACAAGGACCUUUGCGCGUUGGAUCCCAGGUUUCUGCGCUUUUCGAAGAAUCUGUUCAGCGAACAGAGCAAGUCGGAAGAUCGCACGCAGAUGAGCAAGGAUGAAAACGCAAAGUUGGACACAGUACUCGAGGCAUUCAUCACGCUGGUCGGACCAAGGCUACUGUUGAAGCCGGCGGAGAAGGCCCUUGAGUGGCUGGUGAGGAGAUUCCGUAUCCACGAGUACAACACCGAAACCCUCGUCUUUACCUACCUGCCCUACCAUAACACACCGCAGUUUCUUGCACUACUCUCCAUCCUACCCGCACAACCACCGCAUGCCAUCCGCUUCCUCUUUCCCUACAUCCAGGCGCCGACCAAAAUACCCCAGCGUACCAUCGCAUACACUGCCAUCAAUACCCCGCACUUCUUCAACGCCUACCAAUCAUAUGUAACCAAGGUGGUCGAGGCGGGCCACCAGGCCUCGCAUAUGCUGUCCUUUUGGUCAGGAACCACAGUCGAGGCUAUAUACGGCAUAGUGAGCAAUGCAAGCUCUGGCAGAAAGGACCUCCAGGAUCAGGGAACCGAGAAACUCGUCUUGGAAUUGCUCCCUGUCCUCAACAGCUGCAUGCGGGCAAAGCAUGGGGCUGACACGGUCCUGGCCUGUUACGCUAUCGUCAUCAUGAUGGUCAACCAGGCCAAGGUCGGAGACAAGGUCUUGGAUGGACUGAUGGAUGCUGUCAUUGCAGCCCAUGACGAAACAUCCCUUCAGUCAUGCCUCGCAUGCCUAGCUAUCAUCGCCAUAGAGCGCUCCAAGGCGCAAAUCCCCGCCAAAGUAUCAAAGAAACUGCUCAAGGUUCCGCAGCUCGUGCAGAAACUGACGGCGCUGUCACAUCAAUGUCAGGUCGAACGACUUGUCCUGGGUUGCGCUCUCGGUGCGCUCAGUGAUAGCUCCGACGAGAACCGUGAAAUGUUCAGCGAGCUGAUCGCAUCUGGCUUGCUCACCACGUCGCGUGUUCAGAUGGUGCUAUCAGCACUGGUUCAACUCCUUCGUGAUAGUGCGCCGGGUUCCCAAGAGCACGGAGAGGUUCUUCAGCUUGCUACGAAGAUGACCGAAUCGAAGGAGCUACAAAUCACAAUGCAGGAAGUGGCGAAGCAGAACAAUGUCGAUCUGGAAUCGUUGGGAAUUACUGUUGGCCAAACAUUCGAUAUCGCAGAGAUUCUCGAAGACGAUUCAGACGAGGAGAUGCUCGAUGCCGAUGAGGAUGCAACCGAGAAGCCCCUCAUACAGGUACCCGCGAUCGCCAGCAAGAGCUUCUUCGAUGCCGGUUCAGAAAGCGAUUUUAUACAAGCCGCCGACGUUUUCGAGCAAGCUGUGGCCACAAAACAGACCCGGCACUUCCUCGUUUUAGACGCGUUGCAGCAAGAUUCCGCAUUCAAGCAACCAAUCUACCUUUCGUUCCUUGCUCGCGUGUGGAGUAGCAUCCGACCAGUCGCAGUCCGCGUUGCCGCACUUCGUGCAGCUGCAUCAUCAUUCGAGAAGAUUGAAGCUGCACAUGUCCUGCAGAACAUCUUGCCUUACCUUAUUCACGCACUCACUGAUUCAUCCCCACUUAUCCGACGUUCAGCAGCCGCAUGUGUCGGAUCUCUGGCACGAAAGGCUUCCGCCAAGUCGAAGGCGCAAACGUGGGGAAAGACCGACCUCUAUGGGAAGGAAUCAAAGACUCUUGCAGAACUCAAGCCUGAGGAUGUCCUGGUUUUCGUUUCGUCGAUGCUGCAACCGAUCUUGGAAGAAUGCGUCAUGGACUCAAAGUUCGUCAUACCUGCGCUUCGCGAUGUUCUGGAAGGCACACAGUUGAAGAACCACGCAAAAAACACAAUCAAGAUGCAAACCAGGACGUUAGUCCUGGGAUUCCUCUCAAGCCAUGCCAGUCUUACGCCAGUGUUGAGGGUGCGACUUAGCCUUCUACCAGUGGCGAACAUACGCGGCAAAGUUUCCGACACGGUUCGCAGUAACACCAUGAUUCCCUUGCUCACCGCAUGGUCUAGUCUUUCAACUGCAAUCGUGACCGCUAGCUGCAACAGCGAAGGCCUUUCGCUUGAUGAGGUGGAGCGGGCUCACAUUACCUCCACAAUGCCCAGAGAGGCGAAGAGCGCUCAGCUGCUUCAAGACAUAAUCUCUGGAACUCUCAACAAGGACCGCGAAACCCUGGCUGUUGCCGCUUUCCAGCGCAUCCAUACCUCAUGGUCAUCCUUCAGAUCUGAAGCCCGACACGCAUUGGCCCAGUGCAUGCUCGGCCUCUCUACUAGUGAAAGCGACACGUCUUUCGACAAGCUAUGCAGAGAGCAGUCUAUUGAGAUACUGCGCAGUGUCGACCUUGAUUCCGCUAUUCUCGUUUCCUUCUUGGAAAGCAUUCCAUCUCCUACAGCUAUGCCUGGAGGAGCACCUGCUACGAAGAGAAGACGAACAAGCCGAAGUGAGAUGGCCCGCGUGGAGCUUUCGUCUCAAGAUGACGUUCAGCGACUUCUCCGAAAGCUCACAUUGGUUCUUGAGCUAGUUGAGGGAUCCAAUCCAGGACAACACCCCACGCUGUUCAAGCACCUCUUCUGUAUCUUCGCGGAGCUACAGCCACUCAAGCAACAAUCUGGAUCCGAGCUAGUGUACCUGCAGAGCAUCAUUCUGGGCUCACUCAGCCCUAUCGUAAACACAUUCAAGGAACAGACGGACACCACAGACUACCAAUCAGCGGUACGAGCAGAUCUACUCAUUGACUGCAUUCGACACUCCGGCAGUCCUCAGGUUCAGAACAGUGCUCUACUGCUCAUUUCCAACCUCGCAUCAUGGGUACCUGAUCUCAUCCUUCAUAACCUUAUGCCCAUCUUCACCUUCAUCGGAUCUACUCUACUUCGCCAACAUGACGACUAUUCCGCCCAAGUCGUCGAUAAGACCAUUUCCCGUGUUGUACCCCAACUGGCAGCUUCUCUCCGCUCAAAACACAGGGACUUUAUCGCUGGAGUGUCCGAUCUGUUGCUUAGUUUCACUGCUGCCUUUGAACACAUUCCCCUGCACAGGAGGAUGAAGCUGUUCACAGAGCUUGCUCGCACACUAGGCCCUGGAGACUCGCUUCCGGCUAUUGUGGCGCUACUUGCCGAUCGCUACCACAGCAAAGAGCAGCGAAGGUUCUGUGCCGAUUUGCUGCUUCAUUUCGAACCUGUACACACCCUUGUUACUUUCAAGGGUUACCUCGACCUACUCACUGAUGCAGUGGGGCCGAAGCCUCAGGUCUCGGAGACGCUGUUCAGCCUUAAGGAGAAGACAAAAGACAACAAGUUUGAUCUAUCAAUUCAGAGCAUGCUGUCUUGCUUGACAGAUCUUGCACUCGAUGACAAGGUGAAGGCACAUGUCACCCGGGCGUACAGAAAGAAGGAUGACCCUGAACGGCCACGAAGGAUCUUCGCAAACAUUGUCGAAACUACUAUUCAGUUGUCAAAGAAGCUGGCAACGAACCCCAAGACAUACGCAGGUUGCAGCCGUGUCCUUGCCAGCUGCUUGGAUCUCCUACCAACAACUGAUCUCGUCAAAUCUACACAACUACUCCUCUCAAGCGCGGACUCUCAUGUGCAAAUUGCCGCCGUCAAGUCAGUCGAGCUACGCGCUGGCACCGCUAAGCAGCAUGACCGCAAGUCUGUAGAGGCCCUGAUCGCUUUCUUACCUAGUGCCCAGGAUCUUCUAGAGCAAUCGCCGGAGAUAGACGCUAAGAUGGUAGCUGUUAGCUGCAUUGACCGCAUCAUCGAGCGAUUCGGAAAGAAGGACGUGUCUGCUGUUGCAUCAGUUGCCCAAAUCGUCUCCGGACCACAAUCGCUAUCCAGCAGCGAUGACCGCCUCCGCAUCCUAUCUCUCCUCUGCCUUACGUCUGUUGUUGACGUUCUCGAGGAUGAAGCCAUCUCGCUACUUCCUACCGUCUUGCCAACAGCGUUCGAAUACCUGUCGCAUGCGAUCGAAGAAGAGAAGACUGGUCUACACAAUGCUGUGUUCACCAUCCUCUCAAAUAUCGUAGAACGAUUGGGAUACAUGUUCUCGCGCGACUAUCUAGAGACAGCUCUUCGGCUGUGCCACCGCUCUGCUGCUGCCGAUUUGGAACAGGCUUGCGACGAAAGCCGUAGCAGUUUCUUCCAGAGCGUAUCUGAGCAUCUGGGUGCCCAGGAAGUCUUCGCUGCUCUGAAGUCGACAUGGCCAGAUGCCGCAUCUCAAGGAUUUGAUGCCUCGCUCGAGCAGCUUGAGCUUUUACGGGCGACUGUCAACACCCAAACCAAAGCUAAGCUUGUUAAAGCGAGCCCGCCACUCUUCAGCCUACUUCUGCAGACUUUCCGCCUACGUGAGGCUGUUCAAUCUGCCACCGUGGAGGUUGACGAUGAAGAGAUUGAACAACUAGAAGGCACUCUUACGGAUUCUGUCAUUGCUAUGGUAUUGAAGCUCAGUGAUGCCACCUUCCGUCCUUUCUUCGUACAGCUCGUGGACCAAGAGGGCCCCGUUUCUUCCAAGCCCGAACGAGCUAUCACCUUCUACAAGUUCCUCGCCGCUUUCUUCGACAAAUUCAAGUCUCUUGUAACAAGCUAUUCGAGCUACAUCAUCGAGCAUGCUGCGAAGAUGCUUACUGGACUUGCUAAGGACGACUCAGAGGUAGCCACCCGCAGCGCUGUCCUCGCAGCCCUCCAGAAGACAUUCCAGCAUGACCAAGACGGUUUCUGGCAGGCGCCAUCCCACUUCGGAACGAUAAUGCCACCUUUGUUGUCUCUGCUCAACCUCCCGUCCGCCUCUACUUCUACUCCAGAGAACAACACCAACAACGUCAUUCCCACCAUCACCGAACUCGCUGUUGCAUCUGCAUCAUCUAUGGAGAAUCACCGUGAGAUGAACAGUAUAUUGCUGAAGAACAUGAGAAGCGAGGACAGGAACACAAGACUCGCAACAGUUCUGUGUGAGCAAAGCUUGACGAGGAGGCUGGGUGAAGAAUGGUUGGGCUUGCUACCUGAGAUGCUACCGUUCAUUAGUGAGCUCAUGGAAGAUGACGAUGAGAUUGUAGAGAGAGAGUGUCAGAGGUGGAAGAAUGGCAUGGAGGAGAUUCUGGGAGAAAGCUUAGAGGGUAUGCUGCACCGUGCUUACACAACAGUCGGUAAUGUCUCGCAAUCACGGAUUGUUCUCCGAGGCGACCUUCCAGACCGGGAUGAAGAAGACACAAUGACAGCAAACGCGAGCAUGAUCACGUUCAGUAUUCCGGCCCUGGAAGCAGAUUUCCCUCGAAUGUCUUGUUCCUCGCACAAGACUGGUGCUUUUUGGUUCUACUCUAUUUGUCUGAAAGCCGAUCGCGAGGACGUAAACACUAGAUUUUCCGUCCGGUUGAGCCUUGAUCCAGAUAUGGCCGAGUCUUUUAACAAGAAACGCAAAGCUCAAGUGUCGGAGCUGACCCUCGAAGAUGAUCAUAGAGCUACGCAGCACAGCAGGGUGCCUUCAAGUCGAACAAGCGAAAGCCAUAAUCCCCUCGCGGACCGAAUGUAUACCCGGAGGAAAAUCACGAAACGCCAGAAGGUCGCGCAGGCCAAGAGUGAUGUAAGUCUAGGACGUGAAUCAGAUGCACUGACUUUCACAAACGAGCCCACGAACACUUCAGCUGCGGAAGAAGGGGACAUAGUAACGGAGGAUACGCCUGUGCGAGAUCUGAUAGCAUUGCCGAAGGGAGCGCGAGCUAGAAGGACCAAGGCGAAAAAGAGGGUUGUUGAAGAGGCAAAAGAUGAAGACGACGAUGCAAAAGUCCAGGAGCGACUACGUGCUAGAUUGACCAUCUUCGAUCCAGAACCCCAUCCUGCCUUUGAGCCAUGGCAUUGCGAUUUUGCAGCACCUACGCCACCGUACGACGAUCAACAGGCAUGUCCAAUUGAUUGGUCAAAAGUAGCCAUUCUACAUGACGACCCUCUGCACUGCCAAGAAGCCUACGAGUUGCGUCGUCCAUGGGACAAGGAGCCACUAGCAUGGGACAAGGUUGCUCAAAAGAUGUGUCUUCCUACUUCUAAGGACGGCACAACUCGGAACAUCAGUCCAGAGGGAGGACGAAAACGGUUCAUGGCGGCAAACAAAGCAGUCUUUGAGCUGACAGGCGUUUACUUCCCCAAGAGUUCGCUUGGACUUGAAGGUCAUGGCAUACCCCUGCACAGAGACUUGAAGCCGAUUCUGGAGAAACUUGCUGAAACGCAUGUCGUUGUCGAGAAGAAAAUAAUGGCCCCUUUCGAGGGGAGAUACAUACAGCGUUAUCGAAACACCAUGAUGUACUUUUCUCUAACAACUCUUGUACUAGCAAGCGCGGCAUGCGCUCAGAAUGUCAGUCGCGGCGCAGCGAUGAUGCGCUUCGCAUGUUCGCAACUCACGGUCGAACGUUUGGAUCCUUUGGUCAACCCUGGCGUUAUCGGAAGCCCGCAUACACACCAGAUCGUUGGAGGAAACAGCUUCCAGCCCGAAAUGAAGCCUGGAGAAUAUGAAAUGGUGGAAAAAAGCACUUGUACUACGUGCACAUUCAGCGAAGAUUUCAGCAAUUAUUGGACCGCAGCAUUAUAUUUUCGCGCACAGAAUGGCACGUACAAACGUGUUCAGCAGUUCCCGAACGGUGGGCUAAACCAGAGAGGUGGUAUGACAGUAUACUAUAUACCUCCAUAUGAUGGUGUCAGCAGCGUGACUGCCUUCAAGCCUGGCUUUCGCAUGCUCGCCGGCAACCCGCUCCUUCGCAACACCACCGGUGAAUCCCGAGGUAUCUGUCAUCGUUGCAUCUACAAGAAUGCGCAACCCUUCGGCGGUGCCCCGUGCACAGAAGAAGACACGACAUUUCUUCCCACCCGCAUGUGCGAAGGCGGUAUCCGUACACAAGUCACGUUUCCUACAUGCUGGGACGGCGUAAAUCUUGAUAGUCCUGACCACCAGAGCCAUGUUGCAUACGCGGAGAUCCCCUACGAACCGUAUGUUGCACCCUUUGCAACGUAUCCAUAUACGCCCGAACAGCAGAGGGGGAAGUGCCCAGAGGGAUUUCCGAUUAUGCUGCCACAGAUCAUGUAUGAGGUCAUGUUCGAUACAACGCCAUUCAACCAGAAGGAGCUAUGGGGCAAGGAGGGAACACAGCCUUUUGUAUUCAGUAUGGGUGAUGCAACUGGCCACGGCAACCAUGGUGAUUAUAUGUUCGGCUGGAAGGGCGAUGCAUUGCAGAGGGCGCUCAAUGCACGGUGCAGUAACGAUUAUUGUGAUGAGCUGGAGAGGCAGAGCGACGAAGAUGCAAUGAAGUGUAGUAUUCCACAGACGGUGGUAGAGGAUGUCGAUGGCUAUGAGUGGCUUGAAAGUCUACCCGGUGGAGUGCAGAUCAAUGAUGGCAUGCAGAUCUAG